CAUUGACGAUUACAGUCGGUGGAUCGAUCAUACCCUCUGGUCGCACCUAUACGCGCACACACCCGUGCCACAUAUACCACCCACUCCAUCGCUCCCACGCAAUGGUUAUGAUCACAUCCACGGCCUCCUCCCUCGCCGCGCUGGCAGGGAGUAUGCUCGUGCUCCUCGCCACGGGCCCUUCGUCUGUUCAAGCACAGGGUACAUCAUGUAUCUCCCUCAACUCAUCUUCCAUGUGUCCAUCCUUUGCCGGUCAAUACGUUGACCCCACUGGACUCACACCGGCAUAUCCCUUCUUCGCGGACGUGACCGACGUGGCAUCCUUUGAUACACAGUUUGCCAACUACUACACCGAAUACGAGCAAUUCCGCCAGACACAGCUCCACUCUGGUCUGCAAUGUAACCAAUCCGGUUUCCUCAACGCCACGCUGCAAUGGUCGCAGACUGUCCUUUGUGGCAUCUUCACUGCUACCAGCGACAACCUUGGAUGCACGCCGGACAACAAUGCCGCAAUGACAAAGGUGUGCCAGUCCACCUGCACACAGUACUCACAGUCAGAGUACGCAUUUGUAGCCAAUGCCAGCUAUUGCACACCGACGGCAGACCUCACCGACCCAGCGUGGGCCGUCACCCGAAACAACACCCUCACCAGCGACUACCAGAGCUGUACGGAUUGGUCGUCCAUUUACACUGCCAAUGACACCUCCUGUGUUCUCGGAGUCAGCAACGAGGGCAACUGUGGCUUCGGUGAUGGACCCAAUGCGCAAUUGUGCGGCUACUGUGAUCUAGCCUCCAAGUCAAGUGUCCCAUCCUGUUGCUACGAGGACAAGACCGACUUGUCGGGCUGUGCUGCCUUUGGCUACCCUGCCGCGGCAGUCAUCAAGCCCACUUUCUCUGUCCCCGCUGGCACUACUUCGCAGAACGGUGCCGUUGCAGGCAUGUCAUCGGGCGGCAAUGGCCUUAGCAAGGGAGCGUUGGCUGGUAUUAUCAUCGGAUCUAUCAUCGGUGGUCUACUCCUCCUCGCCCUGCUCGGUCUUCUCAUCUGGUGCUGCUGCUGUGGCGGCAGGCGCAAGAGAAAGCAGCGAGAGCCCGAGAACGAGGCGGCGGUUGCUGGUGCUCCACGUGCUGCCUCUUCUUCCUCACCUUCAGAGAAGCCUUAUCACGCCUCGCAAGACUCGGCCAGGUCCAGGAAUCUAUCCCAGGACAAGGGCGGCCUCGCAGCUGGUGCUCUGGGAGGUGCUGCUCUCGGCGCAGCGGCCGCCAGCGGCAAACACUCGCCUACACAAGAUCCUAGCGCACCUGGUACAGGCUCCGACUCGCGACCGCUCUCGACUGCCACCUCUGGCACAGACGGCCGUGGUGCGACGGUCUCCUCGGUCCGCUGCCAGUACACCGGUCAAGAUAUUGCACCAGGCGACACAGUGGUUGCCAUCUACCCCUACUCUGCUGGUCUCUCUGACGAGCUGGACCUGACACCAGAGUCGCGUGAGGAGCUGAGCGUGGUGAGGAUAUACGAUGACGGUUGGUGCUUGCUCAGGACACCGAGCGGAAAGGAGGGAGCAGCACCGCUUGUCUGCUGUCAGAGCAGCAAGGGCGAGUUGCCAGCACACAUGCGACACGGCAGCAGCGGCGCCUUUGACUCUAGCGGUGGCACUACCAGCGGCAACACAGACGACGAGACGUCGGGCAGUCGCAGCGGAGGACUGGGGAUGCGCGCCCCACCGAACAUGUCCAGUAGCAACACCGACGGAUAUCAGACUGCUGGCGGAUACACCAGUGGUGGUGGGUAUCAGACUGCCGGUGGAGGAUACGGCGGCGGCACAACAAGUGGCGCAGAGGGCGGUAUGGCUUCGAGUGCAGGAGGAGCAGUGACGGCAGACGAGUACGGAUUCACGAGCGAUGCCGCCAGCCGCUAGCCGCUGAACAAGCGUGCGUGCCUGCGUGCGUGCUUUGGCGUCCAUCGUCUUCGUGCCCACCCUUCUCGUUGCAACAUUCCACCUCUUGUACUUGUACUUGUACCAUCGUCUCCCCGCGCUGUUUCUCCCCACCUCGUCCUCCACUACUCGCAAGAGACUCGACGCAAGCCAACCCUCCCAAGAUCUCCACUUCCCUCACGACAUCCGUGCGUGCUCCUCCUCCUAUUUGGCAAGGAUCAGCGACGCACGAAGAAUACACACGGACUCUUUCUUUCCUUUCUUCCCACCCACCCACACACACACACUGGCACCGUUCGGUCUCAUCCUAUCCCAUCCUAUCCUCAUCCUGUCUUGUCUCGUCUUUC